AUGUCGUCCUGGGGGGUUACGGGCGCCAACAAGCCCCGAUCACACAACGUGAAUAGUGUUUACGCAGGAAGGAAUAACGCGAGCGGCAGGGCCGCCGGUAAGUUUUUAUGGAUUUGUGUUUUGGCAUUUUAGGUAACAAAUUUGUUUUUUGAAGGGGUUAUGAUGAAAGUUUAUGGGAAAUCAGACCUUUAGAUAACACGCGUGAAUCGUAAGCUAAUGGCUAACGAAUAAAACAUAUUUAGUAAAAAUAAUGUUAUUUUAGGCUCUGUCAAAAAUGGUCUUCAAGUUCUCGGAAAAUCAACUUCGAUUGUGCGGCGAAUGCCCCCACCAGCCACUCUACCUUCGCUCAAAUCUGAGAUUGGACACGAUUCGAGUAUUAUUUUAGUGCCUCAAGGUGGUCAAGGAUGGAACAAACCGGUCGACACGUCGGACAGCAAGGUCAGUUUGUUUUGUUGUAGUACUUUGGUUUUUAGGUAACAAAUUUAAAGUUUAAGGCUAAAUUGACGUAUAAUAAUAUAAACAAUAUUGGCUAAAAAACUGUAUAUGUAGAUAAAAGGCGUAAAAUAUGGUUUCAUUAUAUUAUCUUUAACGUACUGUUUUAUAGAAUUUGGAGAACCAAGCCAAUUCUCCGGACCUUCGCCCCAACUGGGCCAAGGGUGCAGCAAAUGGUCAUGUUGCCCCAGUCGAGCCAACCAAGCCCAGUCCAGUUCAUUCGCAGCGGACGAACAAGGUGACUGGUACUUCAGCGACGAACAGUCGCGAGUUCCCGCCACUGGCGGCAGCUGUGGCCACCACGGCCAAACCCACUUCAACGCCUCCAACGGGUUCAGCAGCGGCGUCGAACGACUCGCCCAAAUCAUCCAGUAAGAUUUUGACUAUUUUUUAUGCGUUUUGUACAUAUUGUUUAUUCAUAUGAGCUAUCCACGGAAGACAAAAGUUUGGACUGUCCUAAUUUUACGAAAUGAGCUUUUGGGUUUUAUGAUAAUCAUGAUGUAAAACAAGUUUUUAUCAAAAUAUUAAUUUCAGAGCUAUUGUCUUCAAAAGUGGAGGAGCCCAAAGAGAAUAUAGUCAAUAUACCGCCGCCGCCGUCGACUGGUUCUGGUUAUAUCGGCGCCUCGACCGGUCCACGAAGCAAUGUCGACCGCAAGAUUCCCGAUCGCUACAUCGGUGCCCCAGAAGGAUCUCGUCCCAGCAAUCAGCUGAACAAACACUACGACUUCCGUCAGAAGCUGGCCCAGCUUUCAAUGGACUCCAAGGAGAGAUCCGAGGAACGUCAGGCUGCGCAGAAGGCUGCCGAACCUGCGGAAUCCAAGCAGCCGGCUGCCGCGCCUCGGCCAGUCGAACAGCCCGUCUACGAGCAGCAAGCUCAACAAGCUCAAGGUCAGGCGGGCCGAAGUCAGGAUGUGCGCAGUCUCUACACUCAACCUUCAGCUCAAGAAGCUGGACCUCCCGACGUCCAGCAACCGGUCGAAAGCGGAUGGGGACGUCCCAUGCAGGACGAGUACAACCGCCCCCGACCCGAAUACUAUCCACCACAGCAGGUUAUGCCUGGGCACGGCGACGCAGGAUACCAACGACACUACGACGACUCCAAUUGGGACGAUAUGCGUUGGUCAGCUCCUACGGAACAGCGUCGUCAACGGCCGCCCAGCUUUCGUGGCGAAGAAGAAUGGUACAAUCGAAACGAUGGAAAAGGAGGUCACGGCGGAGAGUACGGUGGAAAGUACGAUAACGGAUAUCAAGGCCGUAACAGGCCCUCCUCCAACUCCUACAGCGAUGACUUCGAUCCAUACGCCAUGUACGGUGGUAAUGAACGAAGAAGCAAGCGACGCUCGGAGAACGGUGAUGAUGGACAGAAUCGUCAGUACCCUCGCGACAAUAGAGAGUAUGAUAACGAGGUCCAGAAGGGUCAACCGGGACGGAACGCUCAACAACCACAAGUCUACAGAAUGUUGAAGAGGAACGACGAGAAGAGUGCCGAAUACUUUUCGACCCGCUCCAACCUCGGCUCCAUGACUGAAGAGGAGAGUGCCGAGACGUUGAGUCAGAUGACAAGAUUCGGAAGACCGUCGAAACAGCAUCAGAACGAUGAAGCCAUGAACCGUUUCAACAAGGCUCCUGGAUCAGGAAAGCCUCAGAUUCAGAAGGAAAAGAAGGAACCACGACCUCAAGCUCCACCUGAGAACGUUUGGAAGAAGAGGAUGGAAGAGCAAAGUCAACAACAACAAGUUCAGAAGAAGCAGGAGGAGAAGCACACUUGGGGAGAAGUAAGGCAUUUUAUAAUAUAUUAAAGGGUUUUUAAAGUUAUUCAAAUUAAAAUAAAUUUUUAUGAAAAGAGGUACCUAAACCUAAUCAUAGAUGACGUUUUUAUCACAUCAAGACUUCUAACAAUGUUUUACCUUUCAGGCAAAGCAAACCAGAAAGUUCGACUACCAUUUUCCAGUGAUGGAGAAGGAGCAACUGAACGGAUGGGACGAUGUGAACGAAGGCAAUGGUUAUCAUGAAGAACACGAACGCAAAGAAUACCGUAAUCGUCGUCCACCCAAGGCCCAGGCCGCCGCUCCAGUCCAGCGCUCGUGGAACAACGCUCCAGAACAAAGUCGGAAAGCAGUAAGUGGUCGACCAAAGAAACGUAAUGAACCAGUAAGUUUGUUGUGGUCACAUGCGUACAUCUUUGAAGGGUCGAUUAAGAGUCUGUUGUUGGAUUCGAUAUGAUUUUAUUAAUUUCAGGAAGACAACUUCUCCAACAUGGGUGAGUUCCAUGCCGAAGACUACAAGAUCGACGAUGUUGUGCCACCAAAACCAUCCCAAAAUAACUUUGAGGAAGGUUUUGCUGCAGUCGACAUGGAGAAGAAACACAGAAGAACUCCCAACGAUGAUGUAAGUUUAAACUUCGAAUAUUUUUUACAAAUAAUUGUUUUAUGAAGUUUUGGUUUAAAAUUGUCAUAGCGGCAAUUUAUUGAAAUAUUGCAAAACGUCGAUGUUAUAUUAUUCUUUAACUUUUUUUGUACUUUUAUCACCAUCAUAAACCUUCUCAGGUUAAUCGGCCUUUGAAACCUCAAAGAGGCGCUCCUCAUAACAGAUCUUGGCGCGACAAUAAACCUCGUCGCACUCCGGAAGAAACUUCUGAUAACGGUGAUAAAAGAAAGUCAGGCUGGAACCGAAACCAAAAUCAACGCGGUCCCAGAAGAGAGUACAACAACAGAGGUCCCAAGAACGGUAAUAAUCUUAGAAAUUAUAUUUUGGAACCAUAUUAACAUAUUAUUUCAUUCCGAAUGAUGAUUUACUGGCAAAUGUUACUACAGAAUAAGAAUUGCAAAAAGUUACGACAAACUAAUAAACCAUGAUUUCAGAGGAAGAAGAGAUAGACGAAACCCAUUCGAACGGCAGUGGUGCUCGUUAUUUUGAAAACUCAACCGGUAGCCGCAAAUCAGGCCAAAGACCAGUUCGUCCACGCCCUCGGCAACAAGUUCAACCCAAGAAUUCUAACGCUUCAGAACAGCAGACCAAGCCUCAGCCCACCAACCAACAACAACAAUCGCGCCCACAGAACCAAAAAAACGCGAAGCCCGCCAGCCCUACGUCCCAAAACAACGGCGCAUUCGUGAAGAGCAACGACGAGAACAACAGUCCAGCGCUCAGUAAGAAUGCCAAGAUGAACGCCCGCGAGAAGCGCCCUAUAGCUAAGGAGUGCACUCGGAACGGGCUGGCGGGAGUCGAUUUGAACAACGCGAGCGUUUUUGUCAUCGACAACCAACCCGAACAACCUGUCGACGUACAGUCGGAGAGCGGCGAGUUCGAAGAGGUUCUCAGUCGCAAGGCCAAGAAACAACGUCAAGAACAGCAACGUCAAGAAGAAGAACGUGUCACCAAGGAACGUCAACGACACGAACGUCAAGAACAACAGAAGAAGAACAAGCAGAAGGACGAGAAGAACAGAAAGCAGAACAGAAGGGUCGAGGAACGCAGAAAACGACAGGAUUCUGAAGUCAAGAGCCUCAACGACUCUUUGUCUCCAGUCUCAGCCACUGAUUCUGGCUGUGUCGCUGUCUCUUCGACAUCACACGUUUCCGGAGAAUCUGGAGCGGAUGUCUCGAAUGCAACUCUUCCCAACCGGUCGGUAUGGAACGACACCGGUGUCAUCCCUCAAACUCACGGUAAUCACACUCAAGAAGACUAUCGACAGAACAUACCAGCUCCGAUCGCUCGACCAACCUCCAAAGCCAAGGACAAUGUUGCUCUGGAGUUGUCUCGAGAAUCAGAAUCUAUCAUCUACGCGAGUCACGCUGUACAAGAUCCAGAUUUUGACUUUGGAGCUGGUCAAAUGAGUCCCAAGUCAUCGUUCAUCAACGAGAACCAUGUCGAACUUCAGAAGAAGGUGAGCAAGGUGAAAGACAUCUGGCCAGGAGAUGAAGGCAGCUACAGAAAUGGGCUUCAACCGGUCGAUUCACACCAAGGUAACGGUAGUUUGGAUGUGCAGGAUCCUGAAGAUAUUCAAAUUGGAGAUGCGAGACAACUCAACGAAUCUCAUCUGAAUAAUCCUGGAUUCUUGCAUCAGACCAACGGAUUUGCCAACAACUACAUUCUGCCUAAUUCGACCCAAGUCUUUGGUCAUUUGGCCAACAGUUCGCCCACGAUGGGACAGAAUUUCUUGGCCGCUCAGAACUUUGUGGACCCUGGCUACUUUGCUCCAGCACAAACCGACUGGUCGAGUAUUGAAAUGAUGAACGGGAUAGCUUCUCCGACUCCUAUCCAAUACUUUAACGGUAAUCAAAUGCCAGCGGCCCAACGGUUUGCCCCACAGCCAGCGACCAACAACUUCCGUCAAGGCAACCGGCUGGUUCCAACCACGCAGCCUCCGGCUAUGAACCCCAACGUUCCUCCACCAAACAUGACAAAGCACCACAUGCCGUCAAUGGUGCCGUUCAACAACCAAGUGACCCAUCAUGUUCAAAUGGGACCAUUUGUACCACCCGUCAGUCAGGUUGACUUCAGCGUUCCACCACCGAACGUUGGAGUAGUUGGUGGACAUCGGCAGCAAAUGACUUGUAACCAAGUAAGUAAAUAGCUAUUACAUUGGUUAUUGAUCAAUAUGCCCCUAAGUUUACUUUCAGUUUUUUUUCAAAGUUAAAUUGGUUUCAAAAUCUAAAUUUCGUACUAAAAGUUAUGCUUUUUUUCAGAAUCCAGUUCCGCGCCACGGUAUCUUCAACGGCACUUCGAUGCCAUCGAACUUCAGAAACGGUCAACGUCGCUCGAGCCACAACUCUGGCGGCCUAAACUCGAACCCCAGCCCAGGCCUGCAAGCCCACUUGACCUGGAACCCUCCGAUGAACGGAGCCAACACUUUCGGCCUGUUUUGA